AUGGAGGAUACGGAGCCGCCGUCGGUGUGGCAGGACAUCCCCGACAACAUCCUCCUCCGCGUCGCCGCCUACCUCCCCUGCCGCCGCGACCGUGUCCGCUUGUCCUCCGUCAACAAGCACUGGCGCCGCGCUCUGCUUGGGCAUGGGGAAGGGCGCCCCUCGCAACUUCCGCCGAUGACGAUGCCGCUCCAGCUCCCGUGGAUCAUCUUCCCCAGCACCGAGGCGCCCUCCUUCUUCUGCGACACCGACCGCGUGAGCCACCCCCUCCCGCUCCCGCCCGACGUCCGCACGGCGCGCUUCUGCGGCUCCUACGAUGAAGGCUGGCUCCUCCUCUCUCUCGACAGGAGCCACAGGCACGCUCUCUACAACCUCAACUCCGGGGCCCGCAUCCCACUCCCUUCGGGGAUCAACAUCCCUCGGCGGCCGAACAACUCUGCGGCCAGGAAUCUCCCCUUGGUCGUCCGAGCCGCCGCGCUCUCCUCACCGCCAUCGGACUCCAAGCCAUACAUCGUCGGCGCCAUCGCCCUCGUCGACGCGAGGUGGUGCCCCGCGUUCUGGUUCCACGGGUCACAGAGCUGGAUCACGCCCGGACCCAUCGGGUGGGGUCGGCAGCCGCUGGACGUCAUGUACUAUCGCGGCUGCUUCUAUUUCAUCACCAUGGGCGAGGACGUCGUCGUGUACUGGCCGCGGUGCUCCCCGUCCGGGGAGUUGGAGAUGAACCGCCUCGACUACGACAUGUAUGAGCGCGAUGACUACCAAAUGGAUCUGGGCUACGUGCGAGGCGAUGGCUUGAUGAAGUACUACCUCGUGGAGUCCAGGGAUUCCGUGUACAUGGCCGUGAGGUACAUCUUCGACAACGGCGGGACGGAAUACUUCCGGGUCUUCUUGCUCAACAUCAUGCCGCCGGCGGCCAGGGGCCUGCCCCCCCGUGCUGCCUGGGUGAAUCUCUACAGUUUGGAUGGCCGGAUGCUGCUCCUGGGGCGAGGCUGUUCCAGAUCCUUCGAGGCCGCGCAGUUCGAUGGGUUCGAGGAUUCCAUCAUCUACUUCCCGGACGACCGCUUCAUACUCGAGAAGACGGUGGACAGGAGGUACUACUCCUUCACCGAUAUGGGCAAGUACUCCGUGGGCAUCGACAGCUUAUUCGAGCCCUGGCAGCCCUGGCCUCCGCUGGAUCGUCGCCCGGCGAGGUCGGACAACGCUCCACCCAUUUGGUGGUUCCUUUGA